GUCUGCAUCGGCCGCAGGCACCCACAAUAUGCAACACUUAUCGACGGCAUUGCUGAUCAUUUCAUUAGUGAUCGUCGUCUAUCAAGGAAGUGGCGUGACGGCACAAGAUGACCUCAUUGACGAGCCAAUUGCUAUAGAGACGAAGAACAGAGCCGUAACAAUAAUACACAACCCAAAACCGCCAAGUAAACCGCCUAACAUCCCUGAUAAACUAGUGAUACAAAAUGUCAAUGCCGAUGUACCCUGGCCUAGGCACGGGCAGAUACAAAAACUACCGCCUCGUCUGUAUUCUAAACAACCUAUGAAGCUGCAACAUUCAGCAAAUUCUAUAUACAAGUUUCCUAGAGUGAUUCCGCUACCACCACAUCAUAGAGCUUAUUAUUUGAAGCCCAGCCGACCACUAGUGUAUGCCGCCUCAACUGGCGGACCUAUAGUUGUAAAGAGUCCUAAGUUCAGUUUACCUGCCCAAGUGAUCAAUGGUAUCCGAACGGACUUUGUCAAACCUCCGAAAAUUAGUAAUACGACGUCUUCAACGACUACUUCUACCACCGAGGCUACAACCACAACUACUGAAAAAGUUCUCCGGACGAAAAGGAUAUGGCCCAAACGUGAACAACACAAAGCAAACUCGACUUUAUCACACAACACGACCUUGACAAAAGACAACACGACUUUUACAAAAACAAACACUACUGACCAGCCAGACCGUGACACCUCAGAGAGCAAAACCCAUCGAACUAGGUUUGCAUACAGAAACACAACGACUAUAACAACGACUAUCAAACCAGUUACGCCAUCAACGCCACGGGUGUACCGCCCGGUCACAAGGAAACUAAAAGUAAAAACCACAACGCCAUUACCACCGAUUAACUUCACCAAACUCGAACCCAAUGACUGGGUGCCAAUAAUGCCCUCACAUUAUCCUACUUUCAAGAAAGCACCACCGACAUCAAUCACUAAACGAUCGGACUCAUUUACUGCCCUACCCGCCGAAUCACAAAGUAAGCAAAUGAUGUAUUUACAAUCUUUUGGGCUUGUCCCGAUACCGAGUUCUCAAACUCCUUUCAUGGCCAGAAAGAAAAUGGUUUUUCUCAAUCGAAAUCGACAAUUGAAACCGACUUAUUCUGGUUACAGUGGGAAGCGGGGACAUUCACCGACGCACUACACGUACGACCUAGAAAGCGAUGGCAGCCACCGACACCCUCGAGUCGUCACCAAAAUCAAACAUCAUCAUCACCACCAUCACCACAAAUACAUUAAAACAGUCGAAAAACCCAUCAAAGUACCAUACAAAGUUGAGGUUCCUAAGCCUUAUCCAGUACAAGUGGAGAAAAAGGUAGAAGUUCCAGUAGAGAAGGUAAAAGUGGUAGAGAAACCGGUGCCGUACCCUGUAACCGUAGAGAAAAAGGUGCCUUAUCCGAUAGGAAUAAAGAUACCACAUCCUGUGCCUGUGAAAGUGGUAGAAAAGGAGUACGUACCGCGACCAUAUGCCGUAGUUCAACAGGUCCCAGUAGUGAAACAUGUGCCAGUGAAAGUGGCAGUGCCAGUCCACGUGGAGAAAAGGGUACCGUAUCCAGUAAAAGUCAAUGUGCCAGUACCUGUGGAUAGGCCCGUCCCUGUACCAGUAAAAGUAGAGAAGCAAGUACCGUACCCGGUACCGGUCAAAGUACUGGUCCCACAACCGUAUCCAGUCGAAACGAAAGUGCCUUAUCCAGUGGAAGUAAGGGUCAAAGAACCAGUUGAAGUAAUAAAACACGUUCCAGUUAAGGUUCCUUAUCCUCAGCCGUAUCCAGUAAAAGUACCGCAUCCGUAUCCAGUAACCGUUGAGAAAAAAGUGCCUUAUCCAGUCGAAGUGGAGAAAAAAGUUCCAGUCCCAUUCGAAGUACGUGUUCCUCAUAAAGUAGAAGUGGAGAAACGAGUGCCGGUAUAUGUGCCAAGACCUUACCCUGUCGAAAAAAAAGUACCCUACCCAGUUAAAGUUCCGUAUCCAGUUAGAGUACCAGUCACGGUAAAAGUGCCAGUGAAGGUACCCGUGGAAGUGCCGGUUGUGAUCCACAACCCCUACCAAUUGUUCGAUGGUAAUUCGUACACUUCUCAGUAUACAGAGAAUUAUGUGACUGACAACACACCUGUAAUUUCAAGUACACCUCAUCACACGGUGACCGUGCACGGUAACACGGGAUUCCAUGGAUUCCAGUCUCGGUCUGACACGGAGGAGACAACGACAACAACGACCCUAAGUAGUUAG